CAAAUCUAAACGUCGAGCCGAUUCCUAAGUUUAUGGAGAAAAAUAUACAAUGUCAAUAACGUUACUGAUAUGUUUGCUCGUACCUAAAGGUAUAUUUACAAUGAAGUUUGCUCCUGGCUUCGGAAAUGGUCUCUUCGAUCCAUUAUUGCCAAUUUCUGAUUCGUCAGACAGCUAUCUAGAGAAUGAUAUGGAUAUAAUUCCCAUAAAAAGGCAACGAAACGAACCAAUAAAAAUUUCAACUAAAAACAACGCCGAUUACGAAGAAUGUAUAGAAAUCAGUAGUAGGAUACUAUGUGGUUAUGGGAAGAACAAAGGACUGAAUCCAAUUGACCAAGUUAUUAAUUUGAGCAACGGAUGUCGAAUCCGUGGUGAUAGAUUGGAAUGUGGCUAUGAUAAUAAAAGCAAACUAUCAGGUGUAAUUGAAAAAUCUGCACAAAGACAAAGACCGACAAGAACUCCAAUGUCCGGAACUUCAAAUAAAGGCCCUAAAAUCGACAGUGACAUACUCGAGAAUAAAUUGCUGAAAUCCACAUUUGAUAAACUGUCAGUGAAAUCUUUAGCUAGACAAAAUGUGACUAAACCGACUGUUUUAAUUGAACCUACAGUAAGUACAAAAGAGACAAAAAUGCAAAUAUCUUCAGCCACAGAAAAGGUAACUUCUUCACAAUCCAAAAGGACGCAAAGUACUGAAACAGUUACUCAAAUUAUUGCCACAGUUAUUAAAAAUGCUGACACAGUUACUCAAAAUAAUGAAUCAGUUUCUCAAAGUAAUGCAACGGUUACUCAGAGUAAUCCAUCGGUUUCCCAAAACAAUGCAACCGUUACUCAGAAUAAUAAAUUCGUUUCUCAAAGUAAUGCAAUAGUUUCUCAAAAUUAUAAAUUCGUUUCUCAAGGUAAUGCAACAGUUACUCAGAGUAAGCCAACAGUUACUCAAAGUAAUGCAACAGUUACUCAAAAUAAUAAAUUAGUUUCUCAAAGUAAUGCAACAGAUACUCAAAGUAAUGCAACAGAUACUCAGAGUAAUCCAACAGUUACUCAAAGUAAUGCAACAGUUACUCAAAGUAAUGCAAGAGUUACUCAAAGUAUUAGAUCAGUUUCUCAAAUUAAUACAACAGUCCCUCAAAGUACGACAUCAGUUACUCAACGCACCGAAUUACGUAUUAACAGAACUCAAUCGAUACCCAUUAAAACCAUGACUACAGAAACUAUAACACCUUAUACCGAAAAUACGUUAGCAAAACUUUUUGAAGAUUUAGAACCAAAUGAAAUUCUAUUUGGUACCAAAAUAUUUAAGAGAGCAAUUCCAAACACACCUCAAAUAUUACAAAUUUUACGGAACAAUGUAACUGAAUCAGAAUCUUUAAUUACAACAAAUGUUACGUCUACGACAAUAGAAUAUGAGAACUCCACUGAGAGUUUAAAACAGACAACAAAUAGUGAAAACAUGGCAACUGCGACAGCUUGUGUCCAGAAUCAAGACACCGUGGUGUGUUAUAAUUUUAAGUCAUAAGUAGGUACUGAAUUACUGACAUUGUUAUCAUAUUAUACGAUUACGGCUACUAGCUUAGCAAGCACGCAUAGUAUAAAAAUAAAAUACAUACAUAUAAACCUACCUCUUGACUCAUUCUCUGGUUCUCUAUUAAAAAAGCGCUACAAAAUUCAAGCAUGGACAGACAAAUAAAAGCGACUUGAUUUUAUACGUAUAUACUAUCAAUUACAAAAUAAUACUAUCAUUGGGCUCGCUGUCACAUUGCAGCGGUAAAUCUUCUCUUUAAACAGUGGCUCGAGAGACGCUACGGCGUCUUCACCUACCGCCCGAGACAGUUUUUGAAAGUACCUCUUUCUGAUUGGGUGGGAGAAAACGUGCAGGUAUCAUCACUGCAAAGACCGCACGGAGGACACAGUGGAGCAUAGAGUGGCGGUGUGCCCUGAAUGGACUGAGCACCGCCGUGUCCUCAGGAAUGUGGUCAGCGACGGAAACCUCUCGCAUCUGCCUCUGGUUCAAU